AUGGAUCAUCCCAAGGAGAAGUAUGCAGGAAUCGUAAUCUCACUCAGCACACAGUUUGGCCAGGUGUCCAGCCCGGCAAAGCCAGAGUUCUCCCCGACAGUGAGCCAUCGUCGUCGAGUGUGCGCUAUCAUCGAGGGGCUAGCAGAGAAGCAGGCGAUCAGCAUGGCAGCGAUGCAAGCCAUCCAAACUGUCAACGCCAUGUUUGCACAGACAGAUCUUGCCGAGACUGAGAAACUCAAGAGCUCGUUGUCCGAGAGAGCCAAGCACAUGUUCUUUCCGAAGCUGGUGUCCCCCUACAAGGAAUUCUCGAGGAAGACUGGAGUGUGCAUGGAGGGCAGUCGGAUCUUCGUUUGCGAAGUCCAGCAGCUGCUGCACUCGAUGAAAGAAUCCUCUUUUGUCAAGGACCAGCAGAUCCUCGCCUCAGAGAUUGAGAACCUGAAGCAUUCUUUGGAGAGCUUGCCCGAUCGACCGAUGGCACUUGCUCCGCCAGAUCCUCACGUGUCAGAGGACUUUCGUUGGAGGAAGCAGUAUCUUGAACUAGAGCAGAGACACCAGGCGCAGGUGAAAGAGCUUGAUGAGCUCAGGUUGCUGUCGAAGACGCUGGCUAGGACAAACGAAAAUCUUGAGGUUGAAAUCGGCAGACAGAAGAAAGAGAAAGACCAACUUUCCAAGGAAAUAGAACAUCUCAAUCAAGAGAAGGGAUCAGUCGAAUUGCAGGUGUCAAGACUGAUGUCGAACAUGGAACAGCUUAAACGGGAGGCUGCUGAUGUUGACACGCGAUUCUCAGAGCUGUUGGUGCAAGCCUCCUGCCAUGAGCAAGAAAUUUCUACUCACAUCCAAGAGAAGAGGGCUCUUACUCUAAGGAUUGAGAAGUUGGAGCAUGAAAAGAAGGCGCUGGAACAGGCGGCAGCGUUUCUGAUGUCUCCCUCCCAUCAGGCAAAGAAGAUGCAGAACGACAGGCAGUUUGAGGCUCUUGAGAAGGAGAAACAUAAUCUUACCACGCUGCUGGACGACUCCAAAAAGACGAUCAGCGAUUUGACCUUGAAACGACAAGCUUGCAGCAGCGAAGUCUCCAAGUUUGUAGACUACAUCCACGCCACCGUCCGAUCCUGUUCUGAAUCAAUUCGUGAAUUGGAAGAGGAGAACAAGUCUGCAAUGAUGGUCUUCGAGCAGCAGCAAAAGAAAAUCUUGGAGAUUGGCACGCACUCCUCGUACUACCAGCAGAGUCUCCAUGGCCUGCAAAUCAUUUUGGAAGAGGUACAAAACGAGAAAGCCAAUCUUGCUUCCAAACUUGAGGAUAGCAGAGCGCAGCUUGAGGAACUAUCGGAACAACAUCAGUCGGUCAGGCAGGAGCUCGAGUCCCUUGGCCAGGAGCUAGAUCGGGUCAGGGGCGAGCUUGCGGAGAGCAGGCGAGAGGCCGAGGCAGGCAAGGAGGAAGCAGCGGGGCUGAAGGAGGAGAGGAGAAAGCUUGUCGAGAGGGUGGAGGGCUUGACGGGAGAGAAGCAGCGUCUGGAGGAGGCGGCAUCGUUCCUGAUGUCACCGUCGCAUCAGACUAAGCGGUUUGAGCUUCUGAGGAGGCUUGAGGAGGUCGAGGGGGAGAGGGGGAGGCUGCUGGAGAAGUCGGAAGCUCUUCAAGCUCAGGUAGAGAGAAUGAGGGCAAUGUGCGAAGAUGCUGAAAAGGUAGCGAGGGAGGACAAGAAAAGCUUGCGCAUGUUGGCGUCAACCUCUGAACUCGUUGAUGAGCUGGAGAGGCAAGCUGAGCUCAUUCUCCAAAGGAUGAUCACGAUUGACUGUCACAACUCCAGAAUGGCACUUACGCACAUUGGAAACCAACAGACUCUAAAGCAACUUCAAGAAGAGAUGUCGGCCAAGGAUGCGCGAUUGAGGGAGGAGCGAAGAGAGGCGGAGCGGGCGAGGGCAGAGGCGGAGCAAGCAAGGCAGGCGAUGGGCCAGCUAGAAGCCGAGCUGAAGCAGCAGCAGGCAGUGCUGGAGGAGAGGGCGGGGAGAGCAGAGGGAGGGGCAACGAAGGAAGGGAGGAGGAGCGGAGGAGGCGAGGAGGAGAUGGCCGAGCUGAAGCGAGAGUUGGCGAGGAGGGACGAGGAGCUGAGGAAGGCUGCGUACGAGGCAGGGGCGGCGAGGCAGGACGCGGAGUUCUGGUCGCGGAAGGCAGAGGAGACGCGAGCGAGGCUGUCGGAGGUAGAGGAGGCGAUGCGGGAGAGCAAGAGGGAGCUGGAGGCGAGCCAGGCAGGGCGGAGGGAGGCGGAGGAGAGGCUUGCUGGAGCACGAGCUCAGAUGGAGGAGGCAAUAUCGGGCCAGGAGGCGCGAUUGAGGGAGGAGCGAAGAGAGGCGGAGCUGGCGAGGGCGGAGGCGGAGCAAGCAAGGCAGGCGAUGGGCCAGCUAGAAGCCGAGCUGAAGCAGCAGCAGGCAGCGCUGGAGGAGAGGGCGGGGAGAGCAGAAGGAGGGGCAACGAAGGAAGGGAGGAGGAGCGGAGGAGGCGAGGAGGAGAUGGCCGAGCUGAAGCGAGAGGUGGCGAGGAGGGACGAGGAGCUGAGGAAGGCUGCGUACGAGGCAGGGGCGGCGAGGCAGGACGCGGAGUUCUGGUCGCGGAAGGCAGAGGAGACGCGAGCGAGGCUGUCGGAGGUAGAGGAGGCGAUGCGGGAGAGCAAGAGGGAGCUGGAGGCGAGCCAGGCAGGGCGGAGGGAGGCGGAGGAGAGGCUACGUGCUGAGAUGUCUUCCCUCGCGAGGUUGCGGUUGGGAGGGGAGAGGCUGUGCACCUGCAGUGUGUGGCUGCUGGAGAAUGAGAAGAAGGUGUUUGGUCUCGAGCAAGCGUUGGCUGACUUGAGCUCCGUCCAUCGCUCUGUCCUCGGGGAGCUGGAGGGGAGGAGGGAGGAGGUUAUAAGGCUGAGCAAGAAGUUGAGGGCAGCGGAGGCAGCGAAGGAGGAGGAACGAAGAGAAGUGCUGCGGGCGAGGGAGGAGGAGGGCAGUGCAAGGGGCGGGUGCCGGCCCUGCUCCUGCAGGGAGUGGAAGGACAAGUGCGAAGCCCUCCAGCUGGACCUCUACAGGCUCUCCAAUAGGUUUGUGGUCUUCCAGGAGAGGAACGUCAAGUUUGCGGCCUCUGCAGUGCAGCUGGGUAAAGAGGUGGAGAUGUCUGGUCGGUGCUUCAUGGAACUUGCAGAGGACCUUCGCGAUCAGUUCGCGCAGUCGGCGAGUCUACGGAGGGAGGUGGAGGAUGGACGUGCUGCUCUCAUGCAGUGCCGGAGCGAGGUGAAGAGGCUGAGGAGGAAGCUGAGGGUGGCGGAGGAGUGGCAGACAGCCCAGGCUGAGCUGGACUGGAGGGUGCAGGAGGUGGAGGAGCAGGCGGCAGCGCUUGCCUCCGUCGUCUGCUCCCGGCUCGCAGGCAAGGUCGCGUGCCUGGUUGAGGAGAAGAGGACGAAGGAGGAGGUUUGUGCGCACCUGUCGCAUCUCCACAUGCUCCUGGAAGCUGAGAAGGGAUCUGUUGAGAUCGAGCUGGUCGCGACUUCUAACAAGCUCUCCCACCUCGAGUGCAACCUGCGGGAAGCUGAAGGAGAGCUGGAGAGGCGGAGGACGCAGCAAGAGAAGGUCAGGGCUGAGACGCUGGCGUUCAGGCAGCAGGCGUUGGAGCAGGCAGGGAUCCGGCAGCGUCUUGAGAAGGAGCUCAGCAACGCUGCGGGUCUCAUGGAGUACUACAAGCAGGAGCUGGUUGCAGUGCAGCAGCUGCUGUCUAGGAAGGAGCGUGAAAGGAGCGUCUCCCUUCCUCCUGCUCAAGUCGAUGCUGCAUGCCAGUGCGAGCAACGAGGAGGCAGGGGAAGAGGCGGGGAGGAGGAGGAGGAGAGACGAGUUGUGUGCAUCGAGAAGGCUCUGGCGGAGAUGUCUUGGUCACGUCAGCUUCUGGUGGAGGAGCUCAGCGCUCGGAAGAAAGAGGCGAAGCAGAUGCAGGAGGAGGUUCACUUGAGGAUGGUGGAGCGGAGCGUCUGUGCCAGGAGGGCUAGAGAGCUGGAGGAGGAGGCGAGAAGAGCGCGAGAAGACGCGGAGAAACUUGAGCAAGACUUUAGAAAACAAGCAGAGGCCUUGAAGAAGAAGGCACACGGUAUGGCUCCUUGA